UACGCCGCCAGAGAGGAAUCGCCUCUCUGGUAAGGUCAGGGCAAGAACGGUUCGGCCAGUCCCCCUUCGGCUGGUGGCAACGCAAUGUAUCGUCUCAAAUUGCUGCGCGUUGCGCUGAUUGGUCAGCAAAACCUUGUAUCUUGAUAAUGCAAUUUCUGUUCUAUGUCUAACUUGCUGCUUUAAUAACUCUCCCCUUUCAAGUGCGAUGUUGUUAAUGCAGAACUUGCUGGGAAAUCGUGUAGGGUUGUUUCGCUUUACCAGAAAUCUUAGCUGCCUUCAUCCCGUAGGAAGAUGCAGGGCAUUCUUGCUUCAGUGCGGCCAACGUCUCCCGUCGAGUUGCCUGCUGUUCUGCCCCCCUCAAAUCGCGUCCUAACAUCAAGUCCUAACACCAAGGCUCUGACCAUGAGACUUCUUCGCUUCGAUCAGGCUGGACGACUCCUCUUGACCGACUUUAGCGGAAAGACCACUCCGCCAUAUGCCAUUUUGUCGCAUAGAUGGGGGAACUCAGAAGUCCUCUUUACCGAUAUUGUAAACAGGAACUAUGAAGAAAAAGAAGGGUACCGAAAAAUCAAGUUCUGCGCCGAGCAGGCGGUCAAGGAUCAGCUACAAUACUUCUGGAUCGAUACCUGCUGCAUCGACAAAUGGAACCUCAGUGAGCUUUCAAGAUCGAUCAAUUCUAUGUUUUGUUGGUAUAAGGAUGCGAAAAGAUGCUAUGUGUUCCUGCCGGACGUUUCAGUGCCUACAGCAACAGCAAUAGCCCCAAAAAGCGACUGGGAGGCAUCUUUCCGGGCGAGUGAGUGGUUUCGUCGGGGUUGGACACUCCAGGAACUUAUUGCUCCAGAGUCAGUUGAGUUCUUUUCUCUGGAAGGUCAGCGUAUUGGCGAUAAGCGAUCCCUUGAGCAAUUAGUCCAUGAAAUCAGUAACGUUCCAACUGAGGCACUGCAAGGGAUUUGUAUAGAGAAGUUUACCAUAAAAGAGCGGAUAGAGUGGGCAAAAAACCGCGAAACAACGGAAGAAGAAGACACCAUAUACUGUCUUCUUGGCGUCCUCGGUGUCUCCAUGCCUUCAUCCUAUGGCGAGGGACGCGAGAAAGCACGGAUACGUCUCGAAGCUGAAUUAAAUAGCAGCAUGCCGUUUCUUGUUCCGUUUUCGCAAAACAACAAUUUUGUCGGUCGAGAGUCGCAGCUGGCUGAACUGGAAGCAAAGUUUUUUAAGGGCAACCAAGCUACGAUUGUGGCGAUAGCAGGCCCUGGAGGGACUGGAAAGUCACAGCUAGCGCUCGAGCUUGCCUACAGGACCAGGCAACAAAACAAAAACCGUUCCGUAUUCUGGAUUGAUGCAAGCAGCAUAGACAGAGCACAACAAUCAUACGCGGACAUCGCACAGAAGCUCAAGAUUCCCGGUUGGGACGAUGAGAAGGCAGACUUCAAGCAGAUUGUGAAGCUGCAUCUGAGUAGGAGGGACGCAGAGCAGUCGUUGCUCAUUUUCGACAACGCGGAUAGCGUCAACCUAAGUUCGAAUGCGACUUCUGUGGGGCAUGAUGCCAAUUUGGUAGAUUAUCUACCGCAAUCUGAACACUGCUCUAUUCUUCUUACAACCACAAAUGGAAAUGGAACAGGACACAGCUCACAGCAUGUUGGAGCAAUAUCUAGACACUGCAAUAUCAAAGAGCGAACGACGGCACGCUGAGCUUCUGCUGCAGGAGUUGUCGCAUCUCCCGC